AUGGAUGGAUGUCUUGCUCUCAAGCAGGCUGAUGGUGUGCACUUUGCUGGGCCCGCACCUGGUAUGCCUCCGAAAGCCAAGUCCGGCAAGAAACCUGCCCCCGCGCCUUUCGGUGCGUCAAAAGGCACAAAGACUCAGAAGAAUCCUCUCUUCGAAGCUCGCCCGAAAAACUUCGGUAUCGGUCAGGAUACUCAACCACAGCGUGAUUUGACUCGCUUUGUCAAAUGGCCUGAGUAUGUGCGCUUGCAGCGCCAGAAGGUCAUUCUCCACCAACGCCUCAAGGUACCCCCGGCGAUUGCACAGUUCUCGCACACCUUGGACAAGAACACAGCAACUCAGCUCUUCAAGCUUCUUAACAAGUAUCGCCCUGAGACGAAGCAGGAGAAGAAGGCGCGUCUUGCCUCUACCGCUGCCGCGACCGCCCAGGACAAGGAGCAGAAGCCUGAGAAAAAGCCGCUCUUCGUCAAGUACGGUCUCAACCACUGCGUUGCUCUCAUUGAGGCGAAGAAGGCUUCACUCGUCGUUAUUGCCGAUGAUGUUGACCCCAUCGAGCUCGUUAUCUUCCUCCCAGCUUUGUGCCGCAAGAUGGGUGUCCCCUACGUUAUCGUAAAGAGCAAGGCCCGCCUCGGCACUGUUGUGCACAAGAAGACAGCUGCUGUCUUGACCGUGCAGGAGGUCCGCUCUGAAGACCAGAAAGAACUCAGUAACAUUGUCUCCGCAGCUAAGGCUAACUUCUCCGACAAGUACGACGAGGUUCGUCGCCAGUGGGGUGGAGGAAUCCGAGGCAACAAGUCUACCCAGAUGCUCCGCAAGCGUGCCAAAGCUGCUGGACAGACCCUCUCUGCAGCUAACGCAGCGAAGCUCUGA